AUGGAUUGGGAUCCAUCCUUCUGGGUCUGUAGGGUAACACAGCUGGUGCCUCAAGCAAAAGUGCCAAGGGUUGAUCAUGUGGGGCCACGGGGCCUUCUGGCCCCUCCUGCUCUUGAAUGGGGAGGGCUCUUCCCCUCUGUCCAACUUGGAUCUCUCCAUGCCCUGGUAUUGCAGCUAUUUGUGCGAUGA